GAGAGCCUUUCAUACACAAGCCAGUGCCUUCUCACAUAACACAGUUGACUUCAUAAUGUAUGACAUUCACGCAGUGGUCAUCUAAUAUACUAUGAAAUGAAAACGUCGCCCAUUAUGCCUCGAUACGUUGCAUACUGACGAUUGCAAUAUCCUGAUAGUUAAUUGGUAACGUUUUAAUUGAACAAUGACAGUUGUAACACCUGUUGGGGGCAUUAAUGUUUCCCGUUCUCCAGCCGCUUACUGGGCAAGCUACAAACCAGCAGAUUCCGCCGUUCCCCGGAAUAUUAUUCCAUCUUUGAAAUCGGUAUGGUAGGUUUCUCUGGCAAAAUAAUGCCAUCUUAGAAUUACCUUCAGUAGAAAUAUGUUCAACCCAUUGAGUGGUACGGUAAGGACAGUUGGUUGACAAUGCCGUGGCGGUUCUUAGGAAAACCUUAUAGUUGUAGGUUAACAAUUGGGUGUGAAGUACGGGUGACGAAGUGAUCAGCUGACGACCGCCAUGGAAGAAAGGAACAGCGUGGAAGCCAGCAGAAGGAUACGAAAACGGAAGCCUAUUGUUGUCUCGACCGGCAUGGAAGAAGGAAACAGCGUAGAAGAAAGGAACUAUGUGGAUGCCAGAUGCAGGCUCUUUGCUCCAUUCCGUCACCUUGAGAAAAUGGGAUACAGGUUAAGACUCUUGGAGAACGAGUCACUUGCUGUUGUACACGUCCCCGGUCUUUCUGACGACGCCUUUGAUGUCGACGGGAACUGCCACGUGUGGAGUAUAGCGAAGAUAAUAAGUGCAGCUGUUCAUUUUGCACACAAUUAUCCCUUGGACAGUUCGGAACGCUUCUUCCUGGACUUUGGUAUACUUAGCGAUGGAUUGCUCACCUUCAUGGCUUCUUCGUCCUUCGAAUUUGACAAGUCUUUGUAUGACCCUCUUGUGUCAAAAUGGCCGCUCAAGAUCAAUGUACAGCUCGGAUACAUCGGGAAGUCUUCGACCAAUUUUGUCAGUAAUAUUGUUGAACCAUCAUCUGGGAAAAUACUGGUGAGAAAUACCAUCCAACUGGUUGCCAUUGACAAAGAAACGCGGAAACCGACGCCAUUCCCACCAUGGUGGAAGGAGAAACACGGCGAGAAGGCUGUCAGGAAGGAACCACUGAUUGUCCAGAAGCUCUCCAAACCUGACAACGCCCACACGUACACCUUGCGUGUGUCGUGGAGCGAAACAGACAUGUACAAGCAUGUCAACUGGGCGUCGUAUGUGGUGUACUCCAUCAAUGCUCUCCACCACGGGAUCAAGGAGGGAGUGUUGAGAGGCGUGAGCAAGGAGGUGGUCAGGAAUGGAGUGCAAAAGAUGCAGAUGGCUUACUUUGGUGAAUGCGUGGAAGGGGACCAGCUGACUGUUUACUUCUGGGAGGUGGAGGACCAGCCUAGGACUGUGUAUUUUGACAUAGAAAAGGAUGGAACGUCUGUCUUUCAAAACACAUUAACAUAUCAUCAGUAGGAAUGAUUGCUGAAUUAUACAGACACAUUAUUCAACUGGUAUUCAUUAUGUCAGUGCAAGAACAUGGCGGAACAAAAUGGCCGACAGCACAUGGCCACCUUGCUGGAAAAAGGACAAGGGUUAAUAUAUAACAUGAAAACAAAGCAAUCAUGUGUCGAUGUGUAUGUGUGUUAUGUAUUGUAAAUUAGAAUAACUAGAAAGAGAUAACUCUGCGCAACUUCCGCCGUCAACCUCUAGGGGAGAUCACUCUCCUGAGGGAGGUAACACUGCUCACGGUGGUUGCAUACUUCAACUUACAAAAGUAACGGAGUCAAACCUCAGGGUUCAGAGUCACCUGCUGAGCGAGUACCGUAUGUAAACAUCUGAAGAGAUAGAGACAUGUGACAGCUGUGAUUGGAUGAAAAUAGUGUAACAUUUUUAUG